AUGUUGGAAGGGCUCGUUGCUGGACUGCUGAACCGCUUCCUGGGCAUGUACGUCAAGAACUUUGACCCUACACAGCUCAAGGUCGGUAUAUGGUCUGGCGAUGUCAAGCUGCGCAAUCUCGAGCUGCGCCGUGAGGCCCUUGACCAGCUGAAGCUCCCCAUCAAUGUCGUCAACGGCCACCUCGGCGAGCUGACCCUCGUCAUUCCCUGGUCCAAUAUCCGCGGCGCUCCCGUCAAGGUCUUCAUAGAGGAUGUCUACCUGCUCGCCAGCCCCAAGGAGGAGGCUGAGCACGAUGAGGAUGAGGAGGAAAGCCGCCGUCAGCGCGUCAAGAUGGAGAAGCUUGACAGCGCCGAACUGCUCAAGGAACGGAAUCGUGAAGGCAUGAGUGCCGAAGAGCAACAGAAGAACCAGAGUUUUACGCAAAAUCUGGUUACAAAAAUUGUCGACAACCUUCAAGUCACCAUCAAGAACAUCCACGUUCGAUACGAAGAUUCCAUCUCCGCACCAGGCCACCCCUUUGCCUUGGGACUGACUCUCGAGGAGUUUAGUGCUGUCAGCACCGACGGCCAGUGGAAGCCCACAUUCAUUCAGGAUUCAUCCCAUGUCACCCACAAACUUGCUACCCUCGGCGCUCUCGCCGUGUACUGGAACACCGAUACCAGCUUGUUUGCUGACCAAGACAUUGAAAACACUCCUCGAGAAGAAAUGCUUUCGCAGUUUCGAAAAAUGGUAGGCAAAACAGAAGCUGCAUAUGGGAACCACCAGUACAUUCUGCGACCGGUCAAUGGACAAGCAAAGAUUGAACUCGAUAAGAGCGGCGACGUGCAGAUUCCAAAGUUCAAGGCAAAUCUGUUGUUCGAAGAAAUUGGUUUGGUACUGGAUGACGACCAAUAUCGCGAUGCACUAAUGAUGGUGGAUUUGUUCCAUUACUUCAUCCGCCAUCAAGAAUAUAAAAAACUGCAGCCAAAGGGUGUGACUGUCAAGGACGAUCCUCGUGCGUGGUUCCGAUUUGCUGGUAAUGCCGUUUUGGGCAAGAUUCACGAGCGAAAUCGUAAAUGGUCCUGGGACUACUUCAAAGAACGCCGUGAUGAUCGAAUACGCUACAUCGAACUGUUCAAGAAAAAGAAACAACAACAGCCAUUGACCCCCGAAGAAAACGAAGAUCUGUCCAAGUUAGAGUGGAAGCUUGAUUACGAAGAUUUGCGUUUUUGGCGGUCGCUGGCCCGAAACCAGCUCAAGAAGGAAAAUGCUGCGGCGCUUAAGAAGCCCCAAGAACAGCAACAAACCGGAUGGCUUUCGUGGAUGUGGGGAUCCAAGCCCGAGGGUAACAUCCAGGAGAACGAAGAAAAUACGCAAAUGACGGAAGAGCAACGAAAAGAACUCUACAACAUGAUUGAUUGGGACGAAAAGACGGCAAUAGCUGAGUCUGUCGAUCUCCCCAGGGAAGCCAUCAAGCUCUGCUUGGAAGCUUCGCUGAGCACGGGUAGCUUCACGCUGAAGAAGAAUGCGAACCACAACCCUACGGAUCUCCUCAGUCUUCACUUUGACGUCUUCAAAGCAAAGGCUUUGCAAAGAACCGACUCAACUUUGCUCAAUGUCAGCCUAGGCGGCUUGCGAGUCAAUGAUGGCACCACCGCCGAUAGUUUAUAUCCCGAGAUCGUUCGAGUCAAAGAUGCCCCAUCCACAGAAAGGCGAAAGAGAUUGUCUUUACUUGAACUCGAAGCUUCGGAGGAUGAGCCAUUCUUCUCAUUCGAAGUUGAAAAGAACCCUCUCGAAAGAGAGGGCGACAUUGCCGUCGUCGGAAAAUUGAAACCCCUCGAAAUCGUUUGGAAUCCAAACUUUGUUGUUGGCAUUGUCGAAUUCUUCAGACCACCGGAGCGACACCUAGAGUCAAUCACUGCUCUGAUGGAAUCCGCAGGGGCCACAGUUGAGGGACUCAGAGAGCAAACGCGAGCUGGUCUUGAGUUCGCUCUUGAAGAACACAAGACGAUCAAUGCCGAGCUUGACUUGCAAGCGCCGCUUAUCAUUGUGCCCGUCAGCAUCACCACCCAGGACUCGACUUGCUUGAUUGUUGAUGCCGGUCAUAUUCAUGUCAACAGCGAACUAGUGGACAAGAGCACGAUGAAGGAGAUACAGUCCAAGCAAAAGCACUCUUACAGCGAUGAGGACUUCAAGCGUCUGGAGUCUGCAAUGUACGACAGAUUUCUCGUAAAACUUACAUCAACUCAAGUCCUCAUCGGUCCGUCUAUCAAAGAGACGAAGCAGCACCUUGCACAAGGCGGAUCACAAUUCCACGUCGUCGAGCAGAUCAACGUUGAUUUCGUGGUGGCCACCUCAAUCAUACCAAAGGCACCCAACUUGACCAAGCUCAAGGUAUCUGGUCACCUGCCUCUAUUACAUGCAAUGGUGUCCGACUCCAAAUACAAAAACUUGAUGCGAAUCAUCGACGUUGCGAUUCCGAAACUGGGCGAUGAAGCACCUCAACCCCAGCAGGCACCUGUAUCACGCCCACGAGCCGUCAGCUCUGUAUCCACCAAGUCUCGCCGAAAGACCUUGCGAGAGAGACGCCUCUCAUCUGCUAUUGAUGUAUUGCAGCCACAUACUGCGGUUAUUCUGGGCGACAUCGACGACGAAGAUGAGGAUGAUUUCGAAGAUGCCUCUGACGGGACGGCCAAUCAGCAUUUGAAAAUCCAGCAGCGAGUGUUCCAAUUCGACUUCAAAGUCGACACCCUCAAGGGCUCCCUAUUCCGAAGUGACCCUGAUAGAAACAAGCCAGAUACGUUGCUCGUGGAGCUCGUGGCCGAACGUUUUGACUUGGCCUUCUACACUAGGCAGUACGACAUGGCUGCCGAAGUGUCCCUUGGUGCGGUGACUGUGGAUGACUUUGUUGACAACCCCUCCGAAGAAUUUAAAUCGAUAGUAUCGUCCGGAGACAGCGAAGAUCUACAAGCGGGUCGCAGUUUGGUGAAUUUCAAACUAGUGAGAGUCAAGAAAGAAUCGCCGGAGUUCAUGCCCAUAUACGAAGGUAUCGAGACCAACAUCACCACCUCAGUGUCAACCAUCAACCUGGUGGUAACCAGAAAAACGCUGCUUACACUUUUGGACUUUAUCUUGAUAACGUUUACGAAUUCUGAUGAAGAGCCUGAGGUCAAUCAAAUUACCGCGUCGGAGUCUGAUGAAAGCUCAUCAGACGGAGAGGAGCAGUUGACCGAGGCCAACAAAAACGCCGCUGCCGGCUCUAUCCGCGUCAAGGUUGAUCUCAAGAGUAUUCGACUGAUCCUGAACAAUGAUGGGAUCCGACUCGCGACGCUCUCUUUUAACAAGGCUGACGUUGGAAUCUUCCUACGCGGGAAAACGAUGCGUAUAUCUGCCAAGCUCGGAGACUUGCAACUCCUGGACGACGUCAACCAGGGAGUCCCCGAGGACUCGAAUCUUCGCAAGCUAGUCACGAUUCAAGGAGAUGAUUUGGCCGACUUUAGAUAUGAGACGUUCGAUCCUUCGAAUAGCAAGGCUUACCCGGGCUACGAUAGCUCCAUCUUCCUGAGAGCUGGCUCAGUGAAGGUGAACUUCCUUGAGGAGCCUUUCAGGAAAAUCAUCGACUUCCUGGUCAAGUUUGGCAAAAUGCAGGCCCUUUACAACGCUGCUCGCCAAGCAGCCAUGAACCGCGCAAACCAAAUACAGCAAAGCCCGAGCAAGAUCCAUUUCGAUGUAGUUGUCAACACACCUAUUGUCGUAUUUCCAAGAGUCGUCCUUCCCGGCGAGGGCAACAGAGACGUCAUCACAGCUUACCUUGGUGAGAUCUAUGCCCAGAACAAGUUUGUGCCAAUCGACGAUAGCGCCGACGCAGACAUUGCCAUGAAAAUUUCUGUAGGCAUCAGAAAUAUUAGGCUUACCUCAGAAUUCAGCUAUUCUGGCGACCGAUCUGAAGAGCUGGAGAUGAUUGACCAGGUUGAUCUCGGGUUCAAUAUCACUCACGCAGAACACAAGCCUGGUGUCAAACGGCCUGAUACAGAAAUCGAAGGCUCAGUCUCUGACAUUAAACUUCGUCUGACACAACACCAGCUGCGUUUCUUGAUGGAAAUCUCUCGUUCCGUUCCAGCAGCCUUUGCUGGAGAAGGCAAUGAUCCAGAAGAGGAAGCUGCAAAGAUGGUGGACGAGAGCACCCUGGAACGCGCUAGGAGCGCUCCUUCAGCCGAGAAUGAUGAGUCGGAUCAACCAUUAGUGGAUUUGUCUCCCGAACUCUCGUCUAUUGAGAAUGCCUGGACCACUCUUGAUCUCGUAUUCAAAGUUCAUACUAUUGGGCUGGAACUGAUCUUGGCUGCAGAGGAAGAUGAGCCCCUUGGUGAUCUAUCUGCAUCAAGCCUUUCUCGAUUCUCUCUCGACGAGACUAAAGUUAAGACACGCAUGCUUUCAGACGGAUCACUCGAAGCAGAGCUUUUGAUACAGUCAUUUUCCAUCUUCGAUACUCGCCCUCGCGACUCGAACAAGUUCCGCCGCAUCAUGACCUCUAACAAUAAGGAAGCACAGCAAUUGAUGGCCAGCGUUACUAUGUCAGGUGGCAGAGAAAGGAAUUUGAUUGCGAUGGCAACAAUUGACAGUCCUCGAGUAAUUUUCGCUCUGGACUACCUCUUCGCAGUCCAAAAGUUCGUUUCCGAAGGCCUGAUUGUUGACGAAUCGAGCCCUAUGGAUGACGAGAGUGUUGGAGAGACCAUUGAUGGCUCUGAUAAGGACUCUACACAAGUCACUCGACCAGGCUCUGCGUCUCGAAAGUCUACAUCAAUCAUGUCUAGACAAGCAGGAGCAACUGAAAAUGACGGCAAAGAGGUGGAAGCCAAAAAGCCGACUAUCAACAUGGGCUUCCGAAUAAAUCUGGUGGAUGCGCAGGUCAUCCUUAUUGCUAAUCCAGUCACUUCUAGCUCUGAAGCUAUUGUCCUUAGCAUCAGACAGGUUCUUCUGUCGAAACAACAUGCCCUCACCUUCCAAGUUUCACAAAUCGGCAUGUUCCUUUGUCGCAUGGACAAAUUCGAGACGUCAAGACUACGAAUCAUUGACGACUUCUCGAUUCAGUUGAACAUGGAUAGCUCUCAGGCGGAGCUGACCAACAUUCACUUGGAAAUCGAACCGCUUAUUCUGCGCCUAUCAUUACGUGAUAUCCUCCUUGCCCUCCAGAUUAUUGGCAAAGCAAGUGAAUUGUCAAGUAUUGACACGAAAGAACCUGAGGAGACCGCCGCCGAACAGAAAGCUCGAAAGCUUCGUAAGGCAGGCCUGAGCCAAAGAGCGUCUAGCGGCCGCACAUCCACCAUGGCAAAGACCAGAGCCACCAAAACGACAGCAGCAAAGACCACUAAAGCAGUGCAAGCCGCGAUAAAAACUGUGACUCGACACGAAGAACUAUCUGCGACUGUUGAAGGAGUUCGUAUCGUCCUGAUCGGUGACUUGCACGAACUACCCAUCCUUGAUAUUGGUAUCAAGGACUUCACAGCCACUGCUGAGAAUUGGUCCUCAAGUCUCAAAGCCGAAGCCGCUAUCGACAUGUACUCUAACGUGUAUAAUUUCUCCAAAUCCAGCUGGGAGCCACUUCUGGAACCUUGGCAAGUCGGCCUAGGUGUCGCGCGCGAUCCGAAAUCUGGACUUCUCUCUAUCGAUGUGACCUCCAAAAAGACUUUCGACAUCACGGUCACCACCGCGACAAUUGCCCUUGCAUCCAAAUCGUUUGACUUUCUCACGACAGAGCAAGACGUUCUCGGGAAACCUCGCGGAGUGGAAGCACCUUAUAAAAUUCGGAACUACACUGGCUUCGGCGUUUCACUAGAGUCGAAGAGCCCGAUUAGCGAGGAACCAAUCACGUUGCGCUUGGAUGACGGCCAAGAGGGCCCGUGGAGCUUCGAACACUGGGAGAAGAUGCGCGAGAACCUUUUGACCGAAGCGAAUCAAAACAGCGCCGUCAUUGAGCUGGAAGGUAGCGGCUUCGAUCCCGUGAAGAAUGUACUUCUGAACAGAGAGGGCGAGUUCCUGUAUGGACUUCGACCGAAAGCCAACAAUGUGCUUCACAGGCUCUGCGUUGAGGUCACUCUUGGCGACGACAAUGUCAAAUACGUGACCUUGCGCUCUCCUUUGGUUGUGGAGAAUGCGACACAGAUCCCCGUCGAGCUCGGCGUCUAUGAUACGCAAGAGGGACAUCUCCUGAAGAUCGAGAAAAUUGCGCCAGGCGAAUCGCGACCUCUCCCUGUGGGCGCCGUGUACGAAAAGUCCGCAUUGGUUCGCCCGGAUGGUGGGUUCGGUUACCAAUGGAGCACAGACAAACUAUGGUGGCGCGAUCUAUUGGAUCGACCGACAAAGCAGCUUGUUUGCAAAGGCGGCAACGGUGAUCCGUUUUACUUCCAAGCUCAUGCGGAGUUCAGCAAAUCCAACCCUAUGACACGAACGUAUCCCUAUAUGAAGAUCAAGUUGUCCGCUCCGGUCACCAUUGAGAACUUGCUACCAUACGACUUUAAAUACAGAAUCUACGACAAGAAUACGAAGAAAGACUGGUCCAACUUUCUGCGCAAAGGUGGCGUCAGCCCCGUUCAUGUUGUCGAGCUUUCGCAUCUGUUGCUUCUGAGCAUCGACAUGCAGGACACGGUCUUCAAAGCAAGCGAUUUCUCCAUUAUCAACCCGGGCAGAAGCGAGGACUUCCGCAAAGAGACUAAACUUGUAGUCAAAGAUGAACAAGGACUACCCCUCAAUCUCAGUCUGCACUAUUUCAAGAUCCCCAAGAGUGGAGGUGCUUUCAAAGUCACGAUUUACAGUCCAUAUGUUGUUUUGAACAAGUCAGGACUCGAUCUGAACAUCAAGGCCAAGAGUUUCUUGCAAAAUGCCCGAACAGCGGCUGGUCAGUCUGCACUCAUCAGCUACGACGACGAGAAUGCCAAGGCACUGCCGUUCAUGUUCUCUUACGGCAGCAGCGAGGAUAACCGCAAUCGCGCGCUGCUCAAAUUUGGAGACUCGGAAUGGAGCAAACCGCAAAGUUUCGACGCCAUUGGAAGCAACUCGGAAGUAAUCCUCAAUUCGGCCACAAAAAACAAGGAAAUCCACAUUGGUAUUACCGUCAACUCUGGUGAGGGCAAGUACAAAAUGACGAGAGUUGUUACGCUUUCGCCACGUUUCGUGCUCGAGAAUAAGCUUGGCGAAGAGAUCUACGUUCGCGAGUCCAGCUCACCCGGAUUCCUGACUUUGGCGCAAGCCGCUCUUCGGCCCUUGCAUUUCAUGCAAAAGGGAUCAGUCAAGCAGCUGAGCCUUUGCUAUGCAGGGGUCGACAGUCACUGGACAGCGCCAUUCAAUAUAGCAGACAUUGGCACAACGCACAUCAAGAUUGCUAAGCCUGGCCAGCGCCAACGCCUUAUCCGUGCCGAGAUUCUGAUGGAAGAUGCUACUGUGUUUAUUCAACUGAGCAUGGAAACGAAGAACUGGCCUUUCUCCAUUCGCAACGAAAGCGACACUGAGUUCACGUUCUACCAGGCCAAUCCUACCGUCGAGGAGGAUGAUGACGAGGAUAGAAGCGGCUGGAAGCCUAUUCGCUACAGACUUCCACCACGAAGCAUCAUGCCAUAUGCCUGGGACUUCCCAGCCGCCAAAUUCCGUGAACUUGUUAUUGCUACGGGCGGUAAGGAACGUCACGUCAAGUUGGCCGAAAUCGGUAACCAGAUCCCUAUGAAAUUCCUCGGAUCUGGUGGGCAGCAAAAGAUCAUCGACAUCAACGUGGCUGCAGAUGGGCCAACGCAAACACUGAUCCUCAGCAACUUCCGCACCAGCCAGAGUGUGUACAAGCCGAAGGCUUUGUCGCGGACAAAUACUGGUACAGACGGCUUUGAAGUGAAAGACCAAGAUACUGGAGAGACAUUCCGUGCUCAACUCCGACUGUCGGGCAUCGGUGUGUCGCUUAUCAACUCUCAGCUAAAAGAGCUGGCAUACGUCAGCUUGAAAGAUGUUCAGCUCCGCUAUAGCGAUUCUCCAGUGAUCCAAACCGUUGCUUUGGAAGUAAAAUGGAUGCAGAUCGACAAUCAACUCUACGGUGGCAUCUUCCCUAUGGUUCUUUACCCAAGUGUGGUACAGAAAAAGGCGAAUGAGGUUGAUGCUCACCCGUCACUACAUGCCAUGGUCAGCAGAGUCAAGGACGACUCUUACGGCGUCACAUACAUCAAAUAUGCAUCUAUUCUCUUGCAGCAGAUGACCCUCGAGCUUGACGAAGAUUUCAUCUUUGCACUACUCGACUUUUCGAAUGUCAAGGGCGCAAGCUGGACAAUGGUUGAAGAAGAAGGCAAAUUGUGCGACGAAAGUCUCGAUAUCCCCGAGCCACGUCAGAUGCAGUCUGGACAAGACAUUUACUUUGAGGUCCUGAACAUUCAGCCGAUGCAAGUCGAUCUCAGCUUUAUGCGCACGGAGCGCGUCAACGCCGAAGAUAAGACUUCAACGCGCAACCCGCUCAUGUUUGUCCUGAAUGUCCUGACCAUGGCCCUUGGCAACGUCAACGAUGCACCUAUACGAUUCAAUGCGCUCUUGCUGGAUAACAUCCACAAGAUUCUCGGGUCAGCUGAUUUCUUGGGCAACCCAGUCGGUCUGUUCAACAAUAUUUCGUCGGGAGUUACGGACAUUUUCUACGAGCCUUACCAAGGACUCAUUCUAUCGGACAAGCCCGAAGAGUUUGGACUCGGUAUCGCCAAGGGUGCAGCAUCAUUCGCGAAAAAGACCGUGUUUGGCUUCAGCGACAGUUUCUCCAAGUUCACGGGCAGUCUGAGCAAAGGUCUGGCAGCAGCAUCGCUAGACAAACAGUUUCAAGACCGCCGACGCAUCACGCGCGCGAGAAACCGGCCCAAGCAUGCACUGUACGGUGUCACUGCAGGCGCAAACAGCUUAUUCACGAGUGUUGCGUCCGGUGUCGGAGGCCUAGCCCGCAAGCCGCUAGAGGGCGCAGAGCAAGAAGGUGCUCUGGGUUUCUUCAAGGGUGUCGGCAAGGGCGUACUUGGUCUUGCGACGAAGCCGGCCGUCGGUGUCCUGGACAUGGCGAGUAAUCUGAGCGAAGGCAUCCGCAAUACUACGACAGUCUUUGAUGGAACGGAGCUGGACCGCUCACGAUUCCCACGCUUCAUUUCGAAUGACGGUGUCGUGCGCCCGUUCAACGCGCGCGAAGCCAUGGGACAGUACUGGCUGAAGCAGGUCGACAAUGGCAAAUACUUUGACGAGCAGUACAUUGGUCAUCUUGAGCUCCCCCGCGAAGACAUGGUGGUUAUGGUUACGUACGCGCGCAUCCUGCUUAUCCGUUCGAAGCGCCUUACGAGCGAGUGGGACGUCCCGCUCAAGGACAUCCAAACCAUUGCCAAGGAGCGCACCGGAGUCAGCCUGAUUCUACGAGGCGGCGCCAACGGGCCGUUUGUUCCGGUGGGAGGCGGCAGCGAGAGAAAUUUCCUGUACAAGAUGGUGGGAGUUGCGGUAGAGGAGUUUAAUCGUCGCUUUAGAGGAGGCGAGUGA